AAUUAAGUGAAGCUUUUGCUCAAUUAGCAAAACAAUAUGGUGGAAUAGUUCGGUUCCAUGGCUUAUUGAAUAAGCCUAAUAUAUUAAUUUCUGAUCCAAAACUUAUCCAGCAAAUAAUGGUAAAUCAUUCAUAUGAUUAUCCAAGGUUUAUUUUUAUGAGAGCUAUAGUCAAAGAAAUUAUAGGUGAAGGUAUUAUACUUGCUAAUGGGGAUUCCCAUAAACGACAAAGAAAAAUGAUGAAUCCUUUAUUUGCUUUUGCCAAUAUCAAGGAAAUGUUUCCAAUGUUUGUUCAAGCUGGUCAUAAAUUGAAAGACAUUUGGAUGAAACAAAUUGAUAAUAGGAAAGAAGAAAAAAUUACCAUUACUACAGUAAUUUCAAAGAUAACUUUAGAUGUGAUUGGUCUUGUUGGAUUUGAUUACGAAUUCAAUUCUACUACGUCAGAGUCUGAAUUGGUUCAAGCAUAUAAUUCAUUAAUUAAUGUUAAUCCUCCGCUUUUAUACUUGGCUCUUCUCGAUCUCUUUCCGUUUAUAAGAAAAGUUCCAAAUCCUUAUAAAGCUCAAUUUAUAAAUUCAGUUAAAAUAGUCAAAAAUAUUUCCAACAGACUAGUUUCUGAGCAAAAAAAUACUUCAGUUCAGGGAAAUAAUUUAUUGUCUUUAUUGGUAAAAGCAAAUGAAAAAUUGCCUGUUGAUGAACAAUUAACACAUGAUGAAUUAAUUGGUCAGGAUCGGCUUCGUAAAGAAAUACUUGAUGUAUUUACUGAUCGUGAUCAUUUUCCAACUUUUGAUGAAAUUGAACAUUUGAAAUAUCUAGAAUGUACCCUUAAAGAAACUUUAAGAAUCGCUCCACCUGUGCCUGUACUUCGGCGUUAUAAUGUAAAAGAUGAAAUUAUGGACGGCUAUGUUAUUCCAAAGAAAACUCCUUUGAUGAUUCCUAUCUAUGCCAUCCAUCAUGAUCCUUUAAUUUGUGGUGAUGAUGCUAAAUGUUUUAAUCCAUCUCGGUGGCUUGAUCCAGAAAUAAAAUCAAAAAUAACUAAUAAUAAUUUCUUAGCAUUUGGUGCUGGGCCAACAAAUUGUUUAGGGAUGAAAAUGGCUCAAUUGGAAUUUAAAUCAAUUUUAUCUAUAAUUAUUAGAAAUUUUGAGUUUAGAUUAGUUGAAGGUUUUACUUUUAAAAUGAAAUUUGCUGAUUUAACUAAACCUAUUCCUGGAAUUGAUUUAUGGGUUUCAAAAGUGGAUUAUUAA